AUGGUCUCUGUCACGUGUCGACGAGCUAGCGUGCAUGCGCCGACAUCGAUGUUCAUAGCUUCAUCCAUAGCAACCAUAUCGAUUACCCGCACAACAUCCCACACCUCAGUCGCGUGCUCUAUACCCGUGCCCAGCACCUCCCCUCGCUCCAUCAUCAGCAUCUGGCCAAGCCUCACCUCUGCGCGCUCCCGACACACCCGGCGCACAGCGCCCCAACCUCAAGCAGCCAUGGUCCUCGGCCGCCUCGCCCACUACACCUUCGACGCCGUCCUCGUCUCCGCCUUCCUCGCUGGCGUAAAGCGAUCAACAGGUCUCACUCCCAGCCUGAAGCCCGACACGUUCAGCGAAUCGCCCUCGAUCAAGAAGUGGAUUGAGAAUUACCUCUGGGUGGGGGAGACGAUUAUGGAUCAGAGUGUCGCGGUUAUGAGUUCGAGUGGGUAUUUUGAGAGGAAGAGGUGA